UCGGAUGUGCGCAAACCAUAUGGCCUUGACUCUCGGACUGAGCUGAGCAUUCUUAAGAAGGCCAACUGCUAAACAGCUUGCAACCAUGAAUUGCAUCAGACUCAUUUCUUGUCUUGUCUUGAUCAACUGUGCUGCAUCAGAUCCCCCUAUUGAAAAGCAGUCAGAAUUAAUAGGACAUGACACCAUCAAAUCUGUCUUUGAACAUUUUUCCAGUGAUUUUGGAAGCAUUGUCUAUGCGCUGUACUCACAGAUUUUGCAGAAAGCCACAUUGCAGGACGUGACUAAACUGCGGGAUAAUAUUGUAGCACUUGCAGAGAAGUGUGCUGCUGAUGAACAAUCAGACCUAGCAUGUGUAAAGCCUUUGCAUACCAUUUUCCUGGAUAAUCUUUGUCAUGAACAAGGUGUCACUGAGAGACACAAAGUUACCGAAUGCUGUGCUAAAGCUGAUCCAGAAAGAAAUGAGUGCAUUAUCUCCCAUAAAAAUGCAACUCCGGGUUUCAUUCCACCCUUCGACCCUCCAUCUUUGGAGGACUGCAAGGACUAUCACAGUAAUGCAAGCCCAGUUUUGGAUGUCUACAACUUUGAAAUUAGCAGAAGGCAUCCUUUCACAAACAUUGCCUCAAUCCUUAAAGCCAAAAACGAGUAUGAUGAGGUACUGGAGACUUGCUGCCAGGCUGCCGAUAAGAAUGUCUGCUUUGGAGAAAAGGUACCAGACAUCUCCCAGCAAUUGCAAACUACCCUGGCUGUGCAGAUUAAUCGUUGUGGGGUCCUAAAGACUUAUGGAGAACCUACUGUGAAAGCUUUGAAAAUCAUAAAACUGGCCCCAAAGUUCCUCAAGGCUGAUUUGGCCACUGCCAGCAAGAUCGGCACAGAUGCUGCACACACCUAUGCCGAGUGCUGCAGAGGUGAUACGCUGCAGUGUUUCCUUGAUGGUCAAAAAUUGAUAGCCUAUAUCUGUAGCCACCAAGAUACUAUUUCUUCUCAAAUGAAGAGCUGCUGUGAGAAACCUCUGCUGGAAAGAGUAAUGUGCCUUCUAUCGGUGGAAAAUGAGGACAAACCUGAAGAUUUAACUCCAACACUCAAGGAAUUUGUGGAAGGCAAAGACAUGUGCCAAAACUUUUCCACAAAUAUGGACCAACAUCUAUUAAACUUUGUGUUCCAGUAUGCAAAAGGACACCCAGAAUUCUCAGCACAGCUGCUGCUGAGACUAACCAAACAAUAUCAUGAUCUUAUGGAGGAAUGUUGUGCAAUUGAAAUUCCUGAGCCAUGCCUUUCCAAAAAGGAAGAACAACUUGAGAAACUCAUUGCUGACUCCAAAGCAGUGGUAACGGCAGCUUGUACUCGUCAUUCAAAAUUGGGAAACUACGCCUUCCAAAAUAUGCUCCUUACUCGUUACACCAAGAAAGCACCUCAGCUUGAAUUUGCAGAUCUGCACGAAUACACAAAGCAACUAACCAGUAUUGCUGACAAAUGCUGCAACCAGGAUGAUGGCUACAGAUUGAAAUGUUCUGAGGGAAAUGUAGACAUAGUGCUGGGAGCAAUAUGCCAGCAACAUGCAGUGUAUUACAUAAACCGCCAGAUCUCCAGAUGUUGCAGUGGCUCCUACCCUUUCCGUCGGGAAUGCUUCAGUGGCUUAGGAACUGAUCCAGACUACUUUCCUGUCCCAUUCAAUCCUGAACUGUUCACCUUCCAUGAAGAUUUGUGCUUGGCUAAUCCAGAAGAGCAGCAAACAAUGAAGCAAAUGUUUCUUGUCUUCUUGGUUAAACAUAAGCUCUCCAUCACUGAUGAACAGCUGUUAAAUGUGAAUGUCAAAUUCACUGGAAUGGUAGCAAAAUGUUGCGAUGCCAACAACCAUGAAGAAUGUUUCAGUGUAGAGGGUCCAAAACUAGUUGCAGAGAUUCGCACUGCUCUUGGAGACAACUAACAUCUCAGAUGAAUUACGGGAGAGAUAUCAUGGAAUGCCAUCUGCACAAUCUGCCCGGAAAAAUUGGAACUCCUGCCUUGUUUCUAUGAUACUAGCACCCCAAGCAUAGUAAACUGGUACAACCAGGACAAACAUGUAAAUCAAACCGAUCCCUCCUCAUCAAGGUAUCUUGUCUGUUUUGCAAAAUUGGCAGAUUUGAUGAGGGAUUUAUUUCUGGAUGUUUGCUUUGUAUUUGUAUCAGACACAUUUUUCCAGGUAUGUAUAUAUGACUAGUUUGCAUCCAGGCUUUCUCAGUCCACAACUCUUUUGUCAUGAAAGAGACACUCUCAUAGACUCAAGAAGUUUGUUAUUCCCCACCCCCACCCUCUGCACUGGUAUGAAAAUGAAGGAUUAAAGGUCAA